AUGGCAAGCUCUAACAUCAUCGAUCUGCCUAAUGAAGUCCUGGUGGAUAUACUCUCCAGGCUUGCAGUCAAACAUGUCCACCAACUUCAGACAGUUUCAAAGCUAUGGCUCAGAAUUAUCUCGAGUCCACAUUUCAGAAGACUCUACAACAAGAAAUCCUUGAAUCGUCCUCGACCACGUGUAGUUCAAGUCUCCGACUACAAGCAUUCACCGAGUGGCAUGGAAAUGAUUAGUCGAACUAUUUCUAUUUCGACUAUGGAUAAGAUUUCAGUUUUGAGGAUAAUAUUGUCCCUGAACACUCUUUCUUCAUCUUCUCCAACCUCAUCAUUUUCAAUCACAAGCUAUCCGUCAGUUAGUUUUGAUGGCGCCUAUAUCCCUUCCAACAAUACAUACAAGAUUGUCCAUCUAUAUGGUACCAAGACUGGCCCUAAUUACAACUCUAACUAUGGUGGUCGUCCUGUGGAGUUCAGAUUUGAGACUCUCACACUAAGAGAUGGUGGACCAAUUCCUAGCUCUUGGCAAUCCCUAGCACACCAAGAAUGGUUUUCUUACAGGGUUGAUUCAACAUGUGUGAAUAAUGCAAUUUAUUGGUUGGUUGGAAGAGCAGAUACAACGGAAAAGCAUAUUAUUUCGAUGGAAAUAGAAAAUGAAGAAUUCAUGAGUUCCGUUCGUUGCCCCAAAGAUCCCUAUUAUGAAGAGUUUCCAAUAAUUGAGAAUGGCCAUUUAGCUGAUUUGAAUGGGAAAUUAUGUUUAGCUUACCAAUCAGAAGAAUUGUCAAGGAUAGAUCUAUACGUUCUCAAGGAUCAAAAGAAGCAAGAAUGGGUCAAGGAACACAUCAUCGAUUUAUCAGGUAUGGGGAAUUGGUUAAAAAUAAUGGGGUAUGUACAAUUAAAAGGUAAUAAUGGUGAAAUUAUGAUUGACGGCGGUAAGCAGCCUCUCCUCUGCAACAUUGAAGAAAAUAGAUUUAGAAAGCUGGCAAGAUCUAAAAUGAAUAUUCAUAUCGGUUUGUACUUUGAUAGAUGUUUUAACUUAGGUAGCACAAGACUAUCUUUGCAACCGAGGGUAGACUUGUUGUCCGAGGGAGAUGAACUCUGA